CCAGAGUUAGUCCAAUAGGCUUUUAUCGUAAAUGUUUUUUACACAUUUUCCUGACAUUGAGGCUAAUGCGUCUUGAAGUUGAGGUAAUGCUAAUGUGUCUUAACAUAGCACAGGACGUCUGUCAAUGUGACCGGAAUGAAAUGUAUGAAAUACAGGACUAUUUUGCAUAAGUCCAAUAAAGAGUGCAAUGACUAAAGUGUGUACAGUGGUAUUGUUUUGUAAAGGAGAUUUAAAUGUAUUUUUACAUUAUUUGGUUAUUAUAAUCCGAUCAGCUGAAGCCUAUUUUGUGUUAUUAGUAUUACAAAUGACAAAAAAAAAAAAAAAAAUAGUACUACAUUGUGUGGUAUAAUUAAUACAUUAAAACAACCAUUAAAAACUAGCCUAGCCCCCCAUCCUCAGUGGAUGCCUAUGUGAGGUUUGAGUUGGUGGGGCCACCUAAAAUUCUACAGCAGCUUUAACUCUCAGGUUAUCAGAUAUAACGGCCACUGAUUUUCCUGAAUCCAGAUGCACACAGACCACAACACUGAGGCUAAACUCUUUAACAGAAAUGGCUGGAAAAGUUUAGGUGCAGAUAGAGCUCCAUGCAGGUGUCACAUUAAAACAGGAUUCUUUCUGCUACUUACAUUAGUGUUCUUAGUGACUGCCAUUACUUACGUCUCUGAAUUCUCUUUCAAUGCUGUGUUCCCUGACACCUUGUCUAAAAAAGUGCUGAAUCAGAUACGGUCCUACUAUGUGGCGACUGAAUACCUGUCUGCCAGAGAAAAUCAAACAACAUUUUUAGCAACCAACAGUGUCAAACAGAGUCCUACACAAACCACAAACUUGUCUGUGAAUCAUCAUGUGGCUCAUCCAAGCAACUAUCAUUUCAUCCUAGAUGAACCUGAUAAAUGUAGUCAGUGGGAUCCGUUCUUGGUCUUGAUGGUCCCUGUGGCCCCCCAUCAGCUGGAGGCUCGUAACGCCAUCCGCAGCACAUGGGGGAAUGAGAGCUCAGUGCAGGGAAAAGCAGUGCUGACUCUGUUCUUGGUGGGUUUGACUGGAGGAGCUGAAGCUCAACAGAAGCUGGAGGAAGAGAGUCGACAACACAGAGAUUUACUGCAGAGCAACUUUGUGGACUCCUACUUCAAUCUGACCAUAAAGACCAUGGUGAUCAUGGACUGGCUGGCCACUCGUUGUCCUCAAGCAGCUUAUGCUAUGAAGGUUGAUUCUGAUAUGUACAUAAACCUGGAGAACCUGAUGACCCUGCUGUUGUCACCCAACACACCCAGACAGAACUACAUCACAGGGUAUUUGAUGAGGAACCGGUCUGUUAUCAGAAACAAAAAGUCUAAAUGGUACGUGGCAGAGGAAUUGUACCCUGAACCGAAAUACCCCACGUACCUGCUGGGAAUGGGAUAUGUUUUCUCCAAUGACCUGCCAGAAAAAAUUGUUGAGGCUUCCAAGGAAGUAAAGGCCUUUAACAUAGAAGAUGCAUAUGUGGGUGCUUGUCUGAAACAGUUGGGCAUUGUACCCUCAUCUCCCCCAGACCCUUCUCAAUUUAAAGCCUAUAUGGGGAAAUAUAAGCGAGAGAAUUUUAUCAGAGUUAUCACAACAAUCCUGGGAUCCCCACAGCAGCUAAAAGACAUUUGGAAGGAUGUAAAGAAGCCCUCAUAAAACA